UAUGUUUGUGUAGCCUACAAUAUAUUUGUUAUGACGGUAACUUAUAAUUUCACAGCUGAGAGAUUUAAUUUCAACAGCGAAUAAUUAUAAUAGAUAGAAAAUACUGUGGAUUCAAAUUAAACAAUUCGAAAAACCAAAAACAAAUCUAUAAGUAUAUAUUCGUCAUAUGUUUAAUGGAUUUUCAUCAAAUUAAAAGUCGUAUACUUGCACUAUACUUAAUAUACAUACAAAUAAACAUACAUCUCUAUAUGUGAGCCAUACAUACUUCAUAUGUAAAUGUGUGGAUAUGCCACAUAACUACAUAUGUGUGCGUGUGGGAUAUUGAGAUUCAUUUGUAUAAAUAGCAACUGCAACACUAAGUGAGCAGCAAUACAACUUCCGAAGCCAUCAAGAUCAAAUUGUCACGAUUUUUAGCGAAUUUACAUUUUUUACAAAGUACUUUACCACUUACUCAACAAAUAUGGCCAAAUUCAUCCUAUUCGCUGCCUUUUGUAUAUUGAGCGCCGCUGUUUCCAAAGCUGCUUUCAAUAAAGAAGAGGCUAUAAAGACCUUUAUGACCAGAGCGGAGGAGUGCCGUGGCGAAGUAGGUGCCGCUGAUUCUGACAUUCAGGACAUUGUCGCAAAAGUGCCAGCGGCCGGUAAGGAAGGCAAGUGCCUGCGCUCUUGCUUGAUGAAAAAAUACGGCGCCAUGGAUAAUAAUGGCAAGUUUGUCAAGUCGGUUGCCGAUGAGCAUGCGCAGACCUACACUGACGGUGAUGCCGAUAAAUUGAAGAUAGCUCGUGAAAUCAUCGACGCUUGCGCCGAUAUUGCAGUACCAGAUGAUCAUUGCGAGGCAAGUGAAUUGUACGGCAAAUGCUUUAUGGAUCAAGCGAAAGCUCGCGGUAUUCAAAAAUUUGAUUUUUAAAUAACCUCCUCAAAGGUUUGUAGACGCAACUCGAGCAACUUUUUAUUUGAUCACCGACCUAUUUAUGUUUUAGAUGUUAGAAAUUUUUAGAUAUGUGUACAUGUGUGUAUUUUGUGCUUAUUUAAUUUUAAUUUUUGUUUAUUAAAGCAAUUCAAUACUCUGUAAAAGAA